AUGUCUGGAGAAGAGCCACCGAGCACCGACAUCAUCACACUAACGCGCCAUGUCCUGAGCCAACAGUUCAGUCUUGGUGUGGUCGCGACCGGCGAUCUCACCCUUCUCCUCACGGCGAUCCAGACGACGUCGAAGUUCAUCGCUACGAACGUCCGGAAAGCACGCCUGAUCAACCUUGUCGGUCUCGCUGGGGAGACCAACGUCCAAGGCGAGGAGCAGAAGAAGCUCGACGUCCUGUCUAAUGACAUCAUGAUCAACUCCCUCCGAGCGUCCGGAAAGACGGCGGUGCUUGUCUCAGAGGAACUCGAAGAAGCCGUCAUCAUCGAGGACAAGUACAGGGGAAGCUAUUGCGUCGUGUUUGAUCCGCUGGAUGGCAGCAGUAACAUCGAUGCCGGUGUAAACAUGGCACCAUCUUCGGUAUCUACCGUAUUGUUCGACGGGCACCAUUGCGGAUGUCUUGCGCCCGGAAGCGAGAUGGUCGCUGCGGGUUACACCAUGUACGGGUCGUCAGCGAACAUGGUACUCACCACUGGUAACGGUGUUAACGGCUACACACUCGACCCAUCGUUGGGCGAGUUCAUUCUGACCCAUCCAGACAUCAAGAUCCCGCCUCGGGGCAAGAUCUACUCCUUCAAUGAAGGCAACGCUAUGUACUUCCACGAGCCCGUCAACAAGUAUCUCCAUAGCAUCAAGUUCCCGCCUCGGGCAAGUCGCCAUACAGCGCGCGGUAUAUCGGCUCCAUGGUGGCCGACGUCCACCGGACGCUGCUGUACGGUGGUAUUUCGGCUACCCGACGACAAGAAGUCCAAGAGCGGCAAGCUUCGUAUCCUGUACGAGGCGUUCCCCAUGGCCUUCUUGACCGAACAGGCGGGAGGCCUCGCUACCACGGGCACGAAGCGCAUCCUUGAUGUCGUGCCGACGGGCAUCCAUCAGCGUUGCUCUGUAUUCCUUGGCAGCAAAGAGGAUGUACAGGACCUGAUUAAGUUUUACCAGCAAGCAAACGGCGAGGCGUAA